AUGGACAGUUUGGAGGGUCUAGAGCAGCGAUUGGAUGGCAUUGAGAGAAGUGUGGGUGAUUUAGAUGGAUUAGGGGACUCGGAAAAUGUGUAUGUGAAACUUCAAGUGCUGUCAAUGGAGGUCAAACGGUUGUACAGGGAUGGGAUGAGGUGUUCCAAGGUAUUCUGGAAGCUGGUAGAGGUGUUCGUGGCCACGCAGACGGAAAAGAUAUCAGAAAAAGAGCAGCUGGUCCUGGAGACCUGUCUGGAGUCAUUUGAGGACAUUUUGGGCGAGUUGCGGCGCCUGGAGAUGUGGUGCAGUGCGGAAAACUUGGAUCAAGUGCUUUCGUGCGGGAUGUUGGCGGUAGGGAAGGACCAGGGUUAUGCAGAGACAUCGAAGCUUCCCACACUGCUCGGGUCGGUUUCGGCUCUGAUCGUCGAGACCAUGGGCCAAGUGUAUCGCUUCUUGAACAUGAUUUCCGCGCAGAACGAGAUCUGGAGCGAGACGGAGCUGAGGAUGCGUUCUCUUGAGCGACGGAUACGCGCGAUCGAAGAGUCGAGGGUCGUCUGA